CGGAGCUCAGACUCGAUCCCUCAACACGUUCGCUCGACGAGACCCAACAGAUGAAAAGAAUGCAGCGAGGAGGAGCUGAUCGUUAUCUCGGAAACCAUGACAAUGAUGCGCCUUGCGUUGCUCGGUACAAGGGGGUCCGGCGCCGGAAAUGGGGGAAGUGGGUGUCCGAGAUUCGCGAGCCGGGCAAGAAGACGCGAAUCUGGCUCGGGAGCUACGAGUCGCCGGAGAUGGCCGCCGCGGCCUACGACGUGGCGGCGCUGCACUUGAGGGGGCCGGGGGCCGCCCUGAACUUCCCCGACCUCGCCGGGGUCCUGCCAAAGCCCGCCAACGCGAGCUCCGGAGCGGUGCAGCUGGCAGCCCAGGAGGCGGCAUUGAGGUUCAGGAGGGCGGAGGGAGGGGAGGGGGCCGGCGGGGGAGGCGACUGCACGGGCGGGAGCUCGGGCCCAGUGCGAGUGGGGCUCAGCCCGAGCCAGAUCGAAGCCAUCAACGAGGCGCCGCUGGAUUCGCCGAAGAUGUGGAUGGAGCAGGCGGCGGGUGCUGUGGGAGCCGACCCGACAGCGGCCUUGGAUCUCGGCGACAUGGAGCUGGAUGAGUGGGGCGGAAUGCUGCAACACUCCAUCUGGGAUUAGCAGAUGAUAAAAAGCCCUAGCACUAGCAAACAUCGAACUUCAGUACCCUUUUUCCCUCAAUUUUUUUUUUCUGAUCUUUUAAUAAAUUUGACUCGGACAGUGGGAAGUCAACAGUCCCUGAAUAUCGGCAGGUUGUCAUUUUCAGCACGCCGGCCAAUUUGUGUAGUUAGGAAACCUAAAUUAAUGAUUGAUGAGCAUCGUCAUUAGGGAUUAAAUCGUCUUCCAAUAAUGUAGAUUCUUGAUUUAAUUCCCUACAUGUCCGUCGGUUAACUGUUAUUGGAAAAAAAGAAUUCUUUGCUGGUAGUAAGCUUCAGGCACAUUAUUAUGUUGAGAUUAAA